UUUGGAUCUUAUUCCAAGUCUCACAUUAUUAUUAUUAUUCACGUAUCUAUCCCUCGCUGAAACCGCAAAACACGACAGAAAGAAGAAGCUGUCUUCCAUCCAUACUAUUAGAAGAGGAUCAUCUCCUUAUACUCUAAAAAACAUACUACAGUAUCAACAUCAACACUACCACCAUGGGAGUCUCUGUGGACAGCUCUUACUUUCGGCGUCUAUCGCUCUGCGAGACGAUCUCUCGUACGCUGCAAGUCUACAAGACGGGUCUGUGGGUGUUUUGUCAAUUGUCCCUCUUGACUCUGGUAGUCUACGCGCUCAUUUCGGCCGCCGCGUUGAUGAUACUCAUGCCAGCGUUGGGCAUGGAGGAUGGUGCCGAUCAGAUGGAAGACCCCGAAUACCUCAUGGACCAUUUCGCGUCUUUUUACAUUCUCAUGGGCGUGGACAUCUUGCUGGUGUUUUUGAUUGGGGCCGUGGGCAACGGAGCCUAUGUGCGAGCUGUGGCAGACAUUACCCUCCAACAGGAUCCCGUCUUGAAAAACUGCAUUCAAGUGGGCUUUCAACAUGCCCGUGUCGUCUUGACGGCAUCCUUUGUGGGAGGCUUGGGCGUUAUGGUGGGAUGUAUUCUAUUGUACGUCCCUGGAGUAUACCUCAUGGUGCGCUGGUUCCUCGUCAAUCCUGUCAUUGUAGUAGAGGGCCUGGGGGCCAUGGCGGCAUUGAAACGUUCCGGAGAGCUUGUAUCGGGAAGCUGGUGCUAUGUCUUUUGUACCUACAUGGUUUCGGCCUUGGUCUUGACGUUCUUGCAACUCCUCUGGAAGGGGUUCGUCAACUACAACCUCUUUACUCCCUUGGGGUCUCUGGUGGGGCAUAUCCCGUCCGUCCUAGGUGGACCCUUUUUGGCCAUUAUGAUGACCAUCAUGUACAUCAAUCUUAGGGUUGAAAAGGAAGGAUUGAAUGCCGAACUAUUCGCCCGCAAUCUGGGAGAAAGUGAUGGCGGAAAUCCUGGAGAAACCAGUUACUCGUCGCUCAUCAGCAAGGACGAAGAAGAAGUGGUAACCGUCACUUCCGAGACGGUGUAGAUUACAUGUACGAAACUUGGUACGGUACAGUUCGAGCGAGAAUGAAUGAAUGAAAAUUGUGAUGAUCGAGGAAUCGCCGCCGCCGCUCUCUCUCCACCUGGGCAGAAUGCAGAAGGUUGGCUUGAGAACCAGGGACGGAAAAGGGAUUGAUGGUGACUCCUGAGUGUACGGUAUGGCGGGACGCUGUCGGGUCUUCACUUGACUUGCAAUGACAUAAUAAAUAAUGAAUAGAGCACUCCAUCUAGUAAUCUAAUCUCCCCAAGAAGCAAACACUGGCAGCCUAAUGUUUGUUGAAGUUGCCGGUUGGGGUGAAUACGGUAUGCGCUCGAGUGCGCUGCCAAUGCUGAUCUCGAUGGUUUCCCCAUCACUGCAUGUGUGGCCAAAUCGGACACAAAGCAACACAGGUUUGAAGUGAAGAUUGCCAGCCGCAGCAAUGAAACUUAUGGUGCCACCAAGGAGAAGUGGCUGGGGCAGAAGUAUUGAGAUCAUGGGAAAAUUGUUGGCCCGAGGAGGUGUAACUGUGAUGGAAGAUAUCAAUGUCUUUGGGCGGGUGUGGCAGGUACAACACAAGUUUAUUCUACCGUCCAAUGGAAUGCAUGUUUUACACCCAGAAAACAAAGCUGGCAAAACUCUCAUAUUUCCUUGUUUUCGAACCACGAAUGUCAACGUCCGGUGUACCGUACCGGUAGCGACGGCCGUAGCAGUGUGGAAUGAUUUUCGUUCUCUCCGUACCCCGUGUCAUCUGCGAAAUAAAGGUGGCCUUGAUCGACGCAUGUAGUGGUUUUUCACUCGGAAUGUCAAUCAAAAGAUGGUUUCAUUGCGAUAUUCUUGCUGAGCGUGGGACAUGCCGAGCAGCUGAAAAGCUUACCCUUCCCCGUGCCAUUACGAUUUCACAGUGGUCGAUCGCAUCAGAGUCCUUAUAAGGGCGAGGCAAUCUGCCUGAAGCAAAAAUUCCGUAGAGUGUGACUUUGAAGUUACUAUGGGUUAGAAUGGACUAUCGGUGAGAAUGGAUUCCAGAGGAAGAGGUCAAGUUAAUUGCAAGGGUUUGAGCAGGUGGAGUGGGUGUGUUGGGUACAGGAGUUACAGUACAGACUAGCAGGUAAAUAAAUAAACUGCACCGUAACUCGAAGUGUGAGAAAACCACGA